CACAUUCCAGAAACCCCAAGAAUGGAAAAUGCUCCAAAACCUCAGAGGGUUCCCUCCAGCUUCCAAGAUUCAGGCGGAGUCAAGGACCCGAAAACAGAGCUGCGUCGGGAUGAGGAGAUGCGCAGUUUUGACUCGGAGACACGUCUUGAGACGAAGGCCGUGUGCUCCCAGUCCAAGCUGAAGGGCCUGGAGUUGACAACGCCCCUGGUGCCAUCCAUCAGUGUGGCCACGACCUUCAGCAUCAGCAAAGUGGAUGAGGUCGUGGAAUGUUUAAGAGACGGCUAUAUCUACAGCAGGAACGCGAACCACUCCUGCGAGUCAGCCGCUCACGCCAUCAAUACACUUGAGGGCGGUGUUGGCACGUUGGUGUUCUCCUGCGGCAUGGGAGCCAUUACAACCACUCUACUGACCCUGCUGAAAACCGGCGACCAUGUGAUUGCGCCAGAUCCUGUGUACUCUGGUACGUAUGCCUUGAUGAAAAGCAUGCUGCCAAACUACGGCAUUGAGGUGACGUUCGUCAAAGCAUGCGACAUUGAGGGGUACAAAAAUGCUAUCAAACCAAACACCAAGAUAUUUUACGGUGAGACCCCAUGCAAUCCCUGCUUGGGCGUCCUUGACUUGAAGGCCUUUGCCGAUGCCGCCAGGACCGUUCCCUCGGCGAUCAGCAUAGUGGACUCCACCUUCGGCUCACCGUAUCUGCAGCGCCCUCUAGAGCUCGGAGUGGAUAUUUCCAUACAAAGUUGUACCAAAUACAUAGGAGGUCAUAGUGACAUCUUGGCUGGUUCUAUGAGCACUAGGGAUGAGGAGAUUCUGUUUGGGGUCGGUGAGUUUCUGAAGCAGACGGGAUGCUGUCUGUCGCCGUUCGAUGCUUUCCUGCUGCUGCGCGGUGUGCGCACACUGCCCCUACGAAUGGAGAAGCACAGCCACAACGGACUGAAGAUUGCGCAAUAUUUAGAGCAACAUCCCAAGAUCAGCAAGGUGUACUACCCUGGCCUACCGUCCCAUCCCCAACACGAGGUAGCUAAGAAACAGAUGUCAGCCUUUGGUGGAAUGGUCGUCUUCGAGGUUGCAGACGGACUGCAAGGCGCUAAGACACUGGUCGAUUCGGUGAAGCUGAUCACCCUUGCCGUGUCUCUUGGAUCCGUCGAGUCCCUUAUCGAGCAUCCAGCCACUAUGACCCACGGUCCUGAGCUCAUGACAUCCGAAGACAGGCAGAAAGGGGGCAUAUCAGACGGCCUCGUCAGACUCAGUGUUGGCAUAGAGAAUGCGGACGACCUGAUCCGGGAUCUCGAGCAAGCUUUGGCUAAGGUCUAAAGACAAGGGAACGAAACGACAGGGGGAAACGAAACGGGUAUUGCACAAGCUACAAUCGUCAUCUCUUUAUCCAUGCCUUUAUAAAAAGUUUGUUUUUCCCUGAAAUAUCUGCAGCUUUAAUAAAAAAAAAAAUCCGCACAAUUAAGCAGAAUACAUG